AUGUCCCAGAGGGAGGCCCAAGGGGCACCAGCCACACCAGGAGUGGGCCAUGGCCGCACCAAGGCCAGAGCGCGGGUACUGCCAGGCACUGGCAAGAAGAGGAGCAGCGUCGGCAAGACAAGGCAAGACCCGUGGGAAGGCGCAAGGUGGAGCGACCAAAGCUGGGGCCGGGCUGUCCCGAGCCCCCGUGGGGCCAGGGCAGGGAGCCGGGCUCCAGGCAGGAGUGAAACCAGUCCCGAGAACGCGGCGCGGGAGCGGAGCCGGGUCAGGACCCUGCGCCAGGCCUUCCUGGCCCUGCAGGCCGCACUGCCCGCCGUGCCUCCCGACACCAAGCUCUCCAAGCUGGAUGUACUCGUGCUGGCCACCAGCUACAUCGCCCACCUCACACGCACGCUCGGGCAUGAGUUGCCCGGCCCCGCCUGGCCACCCUUCCUGCGUGGACUUCGCUACUUGCACCCUCUCAAGAAGUGGCCCAUGCGAUCACGUCUCUACGCUGGAGGCCUGGCAUAUUCAAGCCUUGACUCCACCUCCACCAUCACUUCCAGCCACAGAACGAAGGACACAGAGGUGGCAUCCCAAGACUCUGAAGAGGCAGACACCAGCCUUUCCACCAAGCCGCUGUCGCCAGCUCUUGGUGACAAAUGA